GAGGCCGGGACAGCACAGCCGCUGGAGCCCCAGGCCCGCCGUGCGCCUUGCCCGCGCCCACCUGAGUCCCUUCGCCCCCGCUGCCUGCCUUGCCCACACGGACCCUCCACCCAGGGUCGUUCGAGGGCCCUUCCUCCGGUGCUUUCCCGGAGGCUCCGUCUGUCGGCAGGACUCACCGGGAUAUGGGGCGGGGGAUCUCCUUGGCCUGGAAUCCUGCGUCUGUUUCCUGACUCUUUCUCUUCCAAGCUCGUCCCGUCUUUUCCCAGCUGCUUGAAGUGAGGAACUUUCCUGUCUCCUCCUCUUGUAAAUAUCCGCUGAGGUGGAGUAAAUGCCUUCUUUCUCCCUGUGGGCAUCUUUUCACCGCUCCCGCGGCCCCAGAGCUGUAGCCCUCACUGGCAGUCUGGGCCCAGUUCACUGAUCAAAAAGCCACUCGCUUUCAGAUGACUAGCCUUUGCACCACUUGACAGUCUUCAAAGGACAAAACUUGCUUCUCUUUUGGAAAGGUCCAGAAUUGAACACCCACACCCACACUCCCAGUGUGGGAUUGGACUAGUUUUAAUCAUUUCCAGGGCCAUUACCCACUCACUGCUUUCUCUUGAAAAUAGCGGUUGGUAAGCUUAAACAUUAUGGGGACUAGCAGGCCAUGAGAAAAGACGCUAGGAGUCUCAGAGAUGUAGAGUCACGACUCCAGAGUUGGAAGGUACGUUGCUAUAUGUGCUAGGUUCAUGGUAGAUACUUCAUAAUAUUUAAUGGUUGAUUUAUUUUGUAAGACUCAGUUUGCCCAAAGGGCCUUACCUUCAGGCCCAAGGACCUGCAUAUCCAUAAUGCGAAACCUCAGAGGAUCCAGCCGUAGUUUGCUUGUCUGAAUACAUUGACCCCACCCCCCCGGGGAUGUACAAGAUGAAUCAAACCUUUUGGAAUCCAAGAUCCAUUAGCAUUGGGAACAUGUUUGCCACUCUGUCCUCAUAGUCUAGCUGUUUCUUUUCACAAAGUAAAUGUGUGAUAACUAGUCAUGAAUGAAUGAAGAUAGUAGAGUAUCCUUCAGGAAGGCUCUUAAUGGGCUCACAUUUGACCAUUAGUGGAGACUAAGCUCUGGCGACAAGCAGCUAAUGUCAGUCAGUGUUCAGGACAAUUCUGUAAUACAAAAUUUAAACCAUUUCUGUCCCCUCCUCCCUCCUGUUUCUUAGACAAAGAUUGAUGGACAAACGUUAGACAGUUGGUGCCUGCACACGAGGGCAGCCUGGAGCAGUGCCCUAAUAAGCCCCAGUAGGAACUGCUCCUUUUCCCUCCACCUUAGCUCCAGGAGGCCGAUACGGGGCCAGAGCCUUGAAAGUUAGCUAACUUUCCCAUCUUGUUAUAACCUAGUUAACAAUGGGCAAAGUAGCAAUCCUUCAGUUCCCUUUCCUAGAGGAAUUACUUCCUUAAAAUGUCAGCCUGGGUCUCCCAGCCUUGUGAUACAGAUGUCCUCUUGCCUGCUGCACCUUGAAUCGUUGGAGUUCUCUUGCUUAAUUUUUCAAGGUAAGAAAGCAGGAAGUUCAGAUGUUUUAUAUUGCUUACAUUGGCAUUUACAAAUUUAAAAAUAAAUUGACCUUUUCUUCACAAAUCGGGAGGAGAACAGAGCCCAGACCAGAGUAGAAUAUUCUCUUGGUGAUCUGAGGCAUGCUGUUCCCACCCAUCUUGAAGAAGCUUUUUUCUGAAAAAGUAGUAGCCUAUUUCCUGAGGUCUGUCAGGCUGCAGAGAAUUGAAAUUGACAACUAACUGUUCAGCAAAAGCUGCGAUUUUUAUCCUGUAGAAUUAACUUAUUAGUACAUGUGCAGCUUGGCACCUCUUUGGACUGAGGGUCAGAACCAAAAGGGCGGCUUUGUCCCUCAAAGCUGAGAUUCCUUUUUCUUCUUCUUUAGAGGGCGACUACGUCAUCUCUUACGUGGACCCUGACCCUAUCUCCCUGAGAGGGGAACAGCACCGGCGCCUGGGCACACAAUCACACUCAGUUCCUGGCUCAAUGGCUGGCAAAGGGACCAGGGCUGGGUCCUUCUGAUUCACUCCUGGAGUGGUUUUCCUGCUCCCAGAAUGAAUCCAUCCAUUCAUCCAAGACUGGAAUUCUCAGUGGGGGAAGAGACCAGAGUGACGUAGAGCCAUCAUGGGAGGCUGAUGCCCAAGGUCAAGUUCACCAAGCACAUGGGGUAUGCCAAGCCAUCAUUGAAUAAGGCCUAGGGGCACUCAGCCCCUGGUCCCCAGAGGGUAACCAUUGUUCUGGGCUAGGCCAGGCUUUCAAAAUGUCACAGUGAGAAAUGUCCAAUAUUGAUGCCCUUUGCACACUGUGGAUUUUGCAUCAAGAGUAAGAGGUCUUUGUUCCCCGCUUCCUCUGUGCAUGCAGCCCGCCCACCCCGUUUGUUUUGUGGGUACCUGCUGCCUUCCUGUUCAUCUACCCAUGCAUUCACCCACUGACCACCCACGUGUCUUUAAGCCAGGCUGUCCAGUGGUGUGCCCUGCGAGGAAGGAGGCAUUUUAUGUUCAUAUGUCAGAUCACUGAUUCACCAUUUGGGCUUAAGUCAGGUGCUUCCCUCUCCUCUCCUUCUGCUGGUCUCCUCUCUCUUCUUAUGUGUAUGUGUCUUUAUUAUUGUAUGGAGGGAGAAUUCAACAGAAUUAAGAAGAAUCUGGCUUAUUUACCUGGCUUCGCUGUCAUCAGGGGUUAUAGCCUUCCCUGGAACCACAUGCCUUGAUGCUCUUUGGGUUCAAGGUCAAGGAAAAAAGUAGUCCUGGAGGAAAUCUUCCUAUACUAGGGAUCCAGAGGUUUGACUCAGAAUGAAGGAAAUUAGAGUCAGUGCAGAUAAAUGUGGCUGGGAGGUAGAGGGCUGAGUUCAGGUUCUGGUUCCCUCCUUCACAGUGUGGCCUGGUCAGGCAUUUAACCUUCCUCGGUCUUGUUUUCUCCACCUCUGACAUGGAAUGGAUAAUCCAAGCUGACGCUGCCACCCAAGCCUGUUGUGAAAAAAAUGGAGACUAUGCAAAUAUGAUUGUUUUCUGACUCUUCUGGGCUCUUCUACCUCUGUCUGCCCCUUAAAUAUUGGUAUUCCUUGGGACCUGUCCCCCCCAUGUUCUCACCCUAUAUGCCCUCCCCAUCAUCUUCAGGAUAAAGGCCUGACUCUGGGCCGUAACUUAUAAGGCCUUUCUGGAUCUGGCUGUCCACAUUACUCCUGUGUCUCAGCUUUCCCCGGCCUCUCGUGCCUCUGCCCCUCUAUAUGCAUUGUUCCUCUGCCGCAAUGCCCUUUGCUCCCACCCCUCGCCGCCUCAUCCACCAGGCCAAGGUGCACUCAUUCUUCCAGAAUAACGGCAGGCUUUGCCUCUUCUGAGGGUCUCCCCUGAACAGCCCCCCACACCCCACUAAACUGAGCCGGGUCCCCUUGCUCUGACCCUCAUUAGCAUCUGGACUUGAAUCGUUGGUUUACUUGUCAGUGACCCCCUAGUCUGCAAGUUACUGAGAAAGGGACUGUGGCUUGGUCAUCACUAUAUCCCUAGUAGUAUUCCCAGCAAUCAGUGCAUGUUUACUGAAUGUAUGAAUGAGCACUUUUUUUUCCAUUUCCUGGCUUGCCUCAGCUCAGGAAAAGUUUUCAGAUAAAAAUGUGCAGAACCUAUAAGCCACUUCCUCAAAUGAAGAGCCUCUAAGCGUGCUGUUGUUAAAUCAAAGAGGGAAGAAGUGGCCUCAGCGCCUCCCUGAGGCUGUCUCUGAUUGUUCUCUCCUCUCUCCUCUCCACCCCCUCCCCAAACUAUCCUCUUCCGAACUUGCAUAGAACUCCUGUAGCACUUCCACAUCCUUCCAGGGACCAAAAACGUGUUCCUCUCCCACACAGACUCCAUGGCGGCAGGAUCUACAAGUUCUUCACGUUUGUGUAUGCGCACUGUUUGCACAUAGAUUCCUUUCAAGAUUGGGCAGCCUAAGAAACAGAUUGUCCCUAAAACAGUGGAGAGAGAUUUUGAAAGGGAGUAUGGAAAACUCCAGCAGCUGGAGGAGCAGACCAGGAGGCUGCAGAAGGACAUGAAGAAGGGCACCGAUGCUGAUCUGGCCUUAUCCAAAUCUGCUGUGAAGAUAUCCUUGGACUUGCUCUCCAAUCCCCUCUGCGAGCAAGACCAGGACUUCCUGAACAUGGUGACAGCCCUGGACACAGCCAUGAAGCGGAUGGACGCCUUCAACCAGGAGAAGGUGAACCAGAUCCAAAAGACCGUGAUUGAACCCUUAAAAAAGUUUAGCAGUGUCUUCCCGAGCCUCAACAUGGCGGUGAAGCGGCGGGAGCAGGCCUUGCAGGACUACAGAAGAUUGCAGGCCAAGGUGGAGAAGUACGAGGAGAAGGAGAAGACGGGGCCAGUGCUGGCCAAACUCCACCAGGCCCGAGAAGAGCUUCGGCCUGUGCGGGACGACUUUGAGGCCAAGAACAAGCAGCUCCUGGAUGAGAUGCCGCGGUUCUACAACAGCCGCCUGGACUACUUCCAGCCCAGCUUCGAGUCCCUGAUCCGAGCGCAGGUUGGGUACUACUCUGAAAUGCAGAAGAUCUUCGGAGACCUGACCCAGCAGCUCGACCAGCCUGGCCACACUGAUGAGCAGCGGGAGAGGGAGAAUGAGGCCAGACUGAGUGAGCUCAGAGCCCUCUCCAUUGUGGCUGAUGACUGAGUCCCCGCCACCGUUUCAGACUCCUGGGAUACAAGUCAACCUUUCUGGUCUUAGCCCUUGUUAAGCUUAGGCUCAGGCGACAGCCAGCAAAAGGCUCUCCCCCGAGAGAAGUAUGGGGACAGCAGUGGCCCCUGUUCUACCUCACCAGACCUCUGCAGUGAGCCUGGCACCAGGAGCCCCAAGCAGGCUGCUGCCUCCCCACCCAUAGCAAGAACUCAGACAGGUAAGCAGCACAGAAAAACUCCAAGGGCUUUGUUUCCAAAAGAACCGUCCAAAGGGCAGCCUGGCCUAGGACCUGAGCAAGCUUCCAGCCUUCAAAGGCACAGGCUCUGUCCGCUCACCUGAGGUCUUAGCCUUGCCUGCACGGUUGUGAUCUCACCUACCUCCAAAGAAAGACCCAUCCUUGGGAGUCCACCCACCCUCGUUGCCUUUCCCCUUCAGACUCUUCUUUUCUGGGAGAGGCCCAAGACACUGCCUCUCCUCUAGCCCAGACUCCCAGCAUGAUAAAAACUGGUUUCACCCACUUCUAUCCCUUAGGUCAAGUGCAGAGAAGAACCCCAAGCCUUGUAGGUUCCCUAGGAAACCAGACUCAGCUCAUGUAAAUAGGCUGUCAACCAACAAAAUGUCACAGCCUGAUUCACAGGCCUCAAAGCAAGAACAGUGGGUUUGUCUCACCUGAAUAUUUGGAAAUUUUAUUUUUUCAAGUAAAGUUUUCAAUAAAAUUGCCAGCUGU